AUGGGGGAUAAUUUCUUUGAAGGGACCAUUCCUCAAUCUUUGAUUCUUUUGAAGGGGCUUCAAGAUUUAGAUCUCUCACACAACAACUUAUCAGGGAAUAUCCCGAAAGAUCUACAGAAUCUUUUAGCAUUGCGAAGUUUGAAUUUAUCCUUCAAUAAUCUUGAGGGGGAAGUACCAACAAAAAGAAUCUUUGGAAAUGCAAGUGCAGUUUUGGUGAAUGGAAAUGAUAAGCUUUGUGGGGGAAUUACGGAGUUACAUCUGCCUACAUGCACAAACCAUGGAUUUAUGAAACAAGGAAAGUCCAAUGCUUUUAGAAUAGUUUUGGCGAUAGUCGAUGUGGUUCCAUCUUACAACGAGCUCUUCCAAGCUACUGGAGGAUUUUCUUCAGCAAAUUUCAUAGGUUCCGGUGGUUUUGGCUCUGUAUACAAAGGUAUUAUCAACCAAGAUACAACCAUUGUUGCAAUCAAGGUACUCAACCUUCAAAAUCCAAGAGCUUACAAGAGCUUUACAGCUGAAUGCGAAGCAUUAAGAAACAUUCGGCAUCGAAAUCUUGUCAAGAUUUUAACUUCGUGUUCUAGUCUUGAUUCAAAAGGUAAAGAUUUCAAAGCCCUUGUUUAUGAGUUCAUGCCCAAUGGGAGUCUAGAUGAUUGGUUGCAUCUGCCGAUGGAGGAAAAUAAUAAUCCAAGGAGUUUAGGCCUUCUUCAAAGAUUAAACAUCGCAAUUGAUGUGGCUUCUGCAUUGGAUUACCUUCAUUACCACUGCUAUGCCGAAAUUGUUCAUUGUGAUUUGAAGCCAAGUAAUAUUCUACUUGACAGUGAUAUGACUGCACAUGUUAGUGAUUUUGGUUUGGCGAGGCUACUUUUAGAACCUGACAACAAUUCAUCCUCGGCUCAAACUAGUACCAUUGGGAUAAAAGGUUCUAUUGGCUAUACUGCUCCAGGUAACAAAUAAACUAUACAAUUUUAUUUUGAGUUAACAAUCAAUAUUUUGAUGUUGUAGAUCUAAUUGUCCUUUACUAA